CGCGGAGUCAGAAAGGCAGGGCCCAGCUAGGUAAAUUUGUCUGCACUGAACUGUUUAUUUUCAUAUUUUCAUCAUUUCGACGCGACAUCCGUGAACCCAGCUUCACCAAGUAACAGUAGAUAUAAGUCUACGUUAACUCGUAAGCAGAACAGGUCGAGAUCUGGGUUUUGAUUCACUGACGAGUGACGAACAUUGAGUUGCAUAUGUGUUCGUAUCUGCUAGGCGUGUAAAUUGUGUUGAAAUUGGACUUUGCGAAUGGCGCGAGCCACCAUCCGUUGAUCUCAAUCGUUGCCUUGAAGUAUAUGAAUUAUAUAAGGUUCAAAGUUCAUCAGUGUUUAAAAGGUAUCAAGAUGGUUUUGAGACCCAAAGUAUACGUUGUGGGUGUUGGCAUGACCAAAUUUGAGAAACCAGGAAAGAGGGAUGAUUUCGACUACCCAGAUAUGGCCAAAGAAGCUGUCACUAAGGCAUUGACUGAUGCCAAGAUUCCCCAUGCUGCCAUCAAAGCAGCUUGUGUCGGUUACGUCUAUGGAGAUUCUACUUGCGGUCAACGAGCUCUUUACGAAGUCGGUAUGACUGGAUUUCCAAUUUACAAUGUCAACAAUAACUGCUCCACGGGAUCUACAGCUCUUCUAAUGGCCAAACAGAUCAUAGAAACAGGAAAUGCGGACUGCGUUUUAGCUUUGGGAUUUGAGAAAAUGGAACGGGGAUCACUGAUGCCUAAAUUUAUGGAUCGAACAAACCCCAUGGAUAAGCAUGUCGAACUUAUGGCUGAUAUUGCAGGAAUGGAUGCAAGCCCCGUAACUGCCCAGAUGUUUGGAAAUGCUGGAAUUGAGCAUAUGAAAAAGUAUGGUACAAAGCCCGAACACUUUGCAAAAAUAGCUUAUAAGAAUCAUCUGCACUCUACCAACAACCCUUACUCUCAAUUCCAAGAAAAAUAUACUCUCGAGCAGAUUAUGAAGUCCCCGACUGUUUUUGGGCCUCUAACAAAGCUACAGUGUUGCCCCACAUCUGAUGGCUCAGCCGCUGUAAUAUUGGCUAACGAAGAUUUUGUUCGGACACAUAAUCUCCAAGCGCAGGCUGUGGAAAUUGUUGGUAUGGAGAUGUCAACCGACCUGCCAUCUACAUUCACUGAAAAAAGCUGCCUGAAACUCAUUGGCUAUGACAUGACGCAGAAUGCAACACAAAAGUUGUUCACCAAUACUUCUUACAAACCGUCCGAUGUAGACGUAAUUGAAUUACACGAUUGUUUUUCUGCCAAUGAACUGAUCACAUAUGAAGCGCUCGGUCUUUGUGCACCUGGAAAGGCAGGGGCAUUGAUAGAUGCCGGAGAUAAUACGUAUGGUGGGAAAUAUGUAGUAAAUCCAAGUGGAGGAUUGAUUUCUAAAGGUCAUCCCUUAGGGGCAACUGGAUUAGCUCAGUGCACAGAACUCUGCUGGCAAUUAAGAGGCGAAGCAGGUAAAAGGCAGGUGCAAGGAGCAAAACUUGCGUUGCAACAUAACAUCGGUUUGGGUGGUGCAGUGGUUGUUGCUUUGUACCGACUUGGGUUUCCCAAUGCCAGAAAUUCGGUUCAGAAGAACAACGUGAAUGCCGUAGAUCCAACCCUUUUCCAAGCCAAUGUUUUAUUCAAAUUUCUAGAAAUUGCUAUGCAAGAAGACACAGAUAAUCUUAUUGAGAAAAUGCGUGGUGUUUAUGCUUUCAAAAUCAUCAAUGGUCCGAAUGGUGCAGAAGCAACCUGGAUUGUUAAUGCAAAGACGGGAAAAGGAAGUGUGGAGUUCAACGGAAAGACGAAACCUGAUGUCACGCUCAUUAUUAGCGACAAAGAUAUCGUAGAUUUCAUAACAGGGAAACUAAAUCCACAGAAGGCAUUUUUCCAGGGAAAAGUCAAGAUUAAGGGAAAUAUGGGUCUGGCUAUGAAGUUACCUGACCUACAAAAGCGGGCUGCAAAGAAAAUCGAAUUGAUUCGCUCAAAGUUAUAAGUCACAAAAUAAGUUUUAAAUAGUUCUGUUAUUCUGCAUCAAAGAUUUUACGUUCAGGAUAGAAACUAUCUCCAAACACCGGGGUCUACUUCAAGUAUUCAAAGGGUUAAAAAAGCUUCCACAUACCAGUGAUUCUAUGGUGAUUUAUCAUUGCCAUUACUAAAAUGGCUAGUAAUUAUCAUGUUCUGGAAUUCUACAUAACAGAAUAUCAGUACCCUUUACUCAAUGUAUGAAUAUACAUAAGAAUAUUAGUAGGUUACAAUUGGGGCAUCCAAUUUAAAUAAACAAAAAUUUUGUUGUUGACCAUAUAUCGAGCAAAUGGAAUUAUAUGCUUUAUAUUUGAUUCAAUCAUAUUGUUAAAGGUGAUGUUUAACUUCUGGGUGUCUUGUUCGCAAAAAUUAAUUCAUUCCUAAUAAGGGUAUUAGGUGCUAUUUUUUAUGAAAUUUAUAUUUUUAUAGAUAUAUUUACAUAUAUGUAUGUAUAUAUAUAUGGAUAUAUACACAUAUACACACACAUAGGUAUACAGGUGAAAUGGUAUUUCAAUGAAUUUUAAAUGGGAUGGAAAAAAUAUUUUCAUGAUAUCCACAAAUGCACAGUUUUGUACAUGCAGCACUUCGAAUAAACGGUUAAUUGUGCGUAUUUGUA